AGACUAUCCUAUAUCCACACCAUUUUAGACUCUUUUCAUGUGUUCUCGCCGGCCGUCUACGGCUUCCAACCACAGAACCAGGCCGUGGUGAUUCAUGGCGAGUUUUCCAUGCAAUCCACUUCUCUCCUUCAAACCUCGAAUUUCUACUUUAUCCAAUUCCCAUCGUCACUCUCCCUCGGUACAUGCUUUCGGUCGCAGUGAUUUUGAUAGUUUCGCCAGGCGUGUAGCCUCCGGCGAUCUAUGGAGAGAUGCUUGGCGGAGAGCAAACGAUGGAUUUGAGCUAUUCGUCUACGAAACCAAGAAAACGGCAGAACGCGUCGAUCGCCGCUAUUCCUUUUCUACACGACUCUCCGCCGCCGCCCAAUCCGCUGUCUAUCGAGCCAAGGAACUCGAUCGCGACCUCGAGCUUACUCAGCGUUGGAGAAAUUUUACGCUCGACUUCACCCGAAACUGGCCGCGGUACAGGAAGCAACUCAAUGAUGUCUUAGACACUCCAAUAGGCAGAGGUUUUGCUACAAUAUUCUUCCUGUGGUUUGCUUUAUCUGGAUGGCUGUUUCAAAUCUUGAUAUAUGCGACAUUGAUACUGCCAUUUGCCGCUCCUCUUCUUAUUGGCGCUGUUGCGAACAAUUUUGUGAUCAAGGGAUCAUGCCCAGCUUGUAAGAAACAAUUCAUGGGUUACAGAACCCAGACUGUUCGUUGUACAAGUUGUGGCAAUAUUGUAUGGCAGCCGCAGUCGCAAGGGGACUUCUUUUCGAGAGGUAACGGAGGCAAUUCUCGAUCCUCAAAAAAAUCUGAUCCCGAUAUAAUUGAUGUCGAGUUCGAGGAGAGAUGAAUAAAGAACCAUACACUGAUUUUAAGUGCAUUAGUAUCAGUUUGGUGCCAGCAAAAGGAAAAAAGAAAAGAAGCAAAAGAUGAAAUUGAAUAGUGCUAAUUUUAUCUGCUCUCAGUUGUCAAUGUAAAAAGUCUUUCUCUCUUUUUUUACAUGUAAGGUUCUUCUUUUGCCAAUAGUGUUGUUGAUUAUUUAUGUACUUUUAUUACAAUCUACUAAGGUAAAUUUUUUAUGAUUAAUAUACUAAGAUGAAAUUGGAAUUUUCUUUCCC